AUGACAUUUGGGAAUGCAGGAAUAAAAGAAUACAUAUGUGAAACUUGUGGAAAAGCAUUUAUAACUAAUUCAAGAUUGGCUAGGCAUAUGCUUACUCAUUCUGAUGAAUGUCCUUUCAAAUGUGAGCAAUGCGGAAAAUCUUUUAAAGUGAAAUCGAAAUUACAAGAGCAUUCUAAACGACAUACAGGAAUAAAGAAUCAAGUUUGCUCGACAUGUGGACACAGAUUUGUAUCAGCACAUGAAUUACGAAGGCAUAUGGUGUAUCAUACUGGAAUCAAAAAAUACUCAUGCAAUGUAUGUGAAAGAUCAUUUGCUGCAAAAGGAAAUCUAGAUAGGCACCUUAGAAUGCAUGCAGGAAUAAGAACAUUUCAUUGUGACUUAUGUGAAAGAUCAUUUGCUAAAGCUGAGACUUUGAAGCAUCACCGAAUGACACAUACGGGCGAAAAACCUAAUGUAUGCACUAUCUGUGCAAAAGCUUUUAUUCAAAUGACUGCUUUAAAAACACAUAUGAAAAUUCAUCAAAAACAUGAGGUUAUAUAAUAUCUUUUCUCACAAUAUUUUAUAUUUUCUGUAAUAAAUCAUACUUUUAUGGGCUUUUGGUUAAACAGACUUUAAG